UGGCUCACACCGCGUUCUUAAGCUAUUAUAAAUAUUCACAUGACUCCAAUCUCCGUCUCUCCAAGUUGUAUUCUGGCUUAUUCUUUUACCACAUAGCUAGAUCAGCCCUCAACAGCUAUUCAGAAACAACAAUGGGCGGAAAUUCCCCAUGCGCUUCCUGCAAGUUGCUAAGGCGCCGGUGCGCCAAAGACUGCGUUUUCGCUCCUUACUUCCCCCCCGAUGACCCCCACAAGUUUGCCAUUGUUCACAAGGUCUUCGGUGCUAGCAACGUUAGCAAAAUGUUGCAGGAGCUUCCGGUUCAACAGAGAGCGGACGCUGUGAGCAGUCUUGUUUACGAGGCAAACGCAAGAGUGAGGGACCCUGUUUAUGGGUGUGUCGGAGCUAUAUCUUACCUGCAAAACCAGGUCUCUCAGCUUCAAAUGCAGCUAGCAGUGGCUCAAGCAGAGAUACUAUGUAUCCAGAUGCAGCAAGGGCCAGUGAUGCCAACCCAGCAGAUAGACGAAGAUAAUCAUGACAAAUCAUAUUUUCUCCACGACAACGGCCUGAUCCCUAAGUUCAUUAAUUUUGACUCAUCUAGCAGUACUGUAAUUCCUGACUCUUUCAAAAGAGAGAGCAUAUUUCGACAUGACAUGGUUUCUUAAUAAAACAUAGUUCUCAUGUAUUAUUAAUUGAGUAAUGCUAUUCUACACACGCACAAUUUAUAUAUAUA